AUGAUGGGUUUGAGAGUCCUCUUGAUCGCGGCCCUCUGCGGCUCGGGUCUAGCACACCCAGGAGAGCAUCACGAUGCAGCCAAGCGACGACGGGAUCUUCACCACAACGAGAUAGGGAUUCGAAAUGCGGAGGCGGCCCUCUUGCAGUGUAAAAGCAGCGUGAAUGGGCAAGCCAUGGCGCGAAGGGCUGCUCUAAGACGUGCCGCGAAGGCGGCGGCGUUGCGUGGGAAGCGAGAUAUUGAGCAUACACGCAUGAAAGCGCGACAGAACCAGAAUAUUCUAGACGAAUACCUACAGACGUGCCACGAUCAAACGGGGGCCCACGCAGAUUGGUCCAAGUCGACGCCUCACGGCACGAUAUUCGGUACUAAUUCUACCAUCGGACUGGCUCCGGAGACGAUAAUUGGCCCUUACUGGGUCCACGGUGAAUCCAUUCGCUCAAACAUCGUCGAAAACCAGGACGGAAUUCCAGUCCACCUGGACCUCCAGUUCGUCGACACAUCAACCUGUGCGCCGGUUCCUAACAUGCUGGUUGAUGUAUGGCAUGCGAACGCCACGGGCGUCUACUCGGGCGUUGUGGACGGCGCGGGUUUGAACACGACAUUUCUACGCGGAGUGCAGCUCUCGGACAACGAGGGCGUCGCGAAUUUCGACACUGUUUUCCCCGGUCACUAUCUUGGGCGUGUCAACCACAUCCAUGUUACUACCAACCGCGGCGGCAAGGUUCUCGAGAACGGAACGUACAUUGGUGGGACCGUCAACCACAUCGGACAGUUAUAUUUUGAUCAAGAGCUGAUUAAUGCCAUUGAGGGCAUGAGCCCCUAUUCACGCAAUCAGUAUAAAGCAAUGUACAACACCGAAGACUUUUUGACGGCACAGCAGGCGAGCCGUGACUACGAUCCCUUCUUAGACUAUAUUAUGCUAAGCGAGGAUCCUAACGAUGGGCUACUCAUGUACAUGACUAUCGGUAUCAAUGGUACUGCUGACUACGAUGCUAUGGUAUCGGCCGGCGCCUGGUAUUACAGGGAAGGUGGUGUCGAUACUUCGCCUAGGUUCAAUUUUACUAUUCCCCCGGGUGGUUUCCCUUUCCCUACCGGCUUCCCUUCAGGUUUCCCUACAGGUUUCCCUACUAGCUUCCCUUCAGGAUUCCCUACUGGCUUUCCUUCAGGUUUCCCGACUGGAUUCCCGGGUGGAUUUCCUGGUGGAUUCCCCCCCAUGCCAACCGGCACGCCACCCAAGUUUUGGGGCCCAUGUAUGAAGAAGAAGAAGCCCGAUACCGACCAUGUCUAA